AUGGCGAGAAUCAAGCCUCAGGCACUGUUAAUCCAGAGCAAAAAAAAGAAGGGUCCAGCCCGGAUUAGUUUGAGAAGUAUCAUUACGGUGGUCUUACUUAUCAUUGCUGUUUCAUUCUCUCUCUAUGCAAGUUACAAGUACUGGAAAAGAGGGUGA